GCCGACGAGCGGCCGUCAUUAGAACUACAAGUUCUAAAUUGCAUUGCUGUCGAAAAUGGCGUCUGGUUCGGAGCUGCCAGAAUAUUCGUCCUCGGUGAAGCGUCGGAAAAUCGAGGGUCAAGUUUACAGAGUUUCUGAGCCCUUAGAUCUUGAUUUUUCCGAAUCAAAACAACCUCGUCAAUCGUCUAGUAGUGAUUUAGAAGAACCACUUAGUGGAGAUAGUGGAUUUACUGAGUUGAGUGACGGAUCAAAAUCAAUGUCUACCACCCCAGAUUUAAUGCACUUAUCGUCAACACCGUCUAGGACCGAUUCGACGAGUGACGAUACUGGAUGCCCACUCGAUACAGCAGAUGAAAAAGAUGAAGUAUCAUCAACUGUUUCGAAUUUGUCAGAUUUGUCUGGAUUAUCUGAACUCUCUGAAGACUCGGGUCAUUUAUGGCGAAAUGCAUCUUCAUGGGUGCAAAAACAAAUGAUUACUGGGGCUAAUCCACGUGAAUUACUUCAGCAUUUAUUAAUGGAUCCUACACAAAUUCCAGAACAAGUUGAUGAUAUUACAUUAUGGAAACUUGUAUUAAAUAUUAUGUCAGAUCCACCAAGAAGACAUAAACUUGAGCAUAUUAAUACAUUAGCAGAUGUUGUAAGAUUAAUUAAAAAUAGUAAAAAAAUAAUUGUAUUAACUGGUGCUGGUGUGAGCGUGAGUUGUGGAAUUCCAGAUUUUCGAAGUAGAGAUGGAAUUUAUUCAAGACUUGCUCAGGAUUUUCCCGAUUUACCAGAUCCACAAGCAAUGUUUGAUAUUAAUUAUUUUGGUCAAGAUCCACGACCAUUUUUCAAAUUUGCCCGUGAAAUAUAUCCAGGACAAUUUAAACCAAGUCCAUGUCAUAGAUUUAUAAAAAUGCUUGAUAAAAAAAAUAAAUUAUUAAGAAAUUAUUCACAAAAUAUUGAUACAUUGGAACAAGUUGCUGGAAUUGAAAAUGUUAUUGAAUGUCAUGGAUCUUUUGCUACAGCCUCGUGUACUAAAUGCAAAUAUCAAGUUACUGCUGAAGAUAUCAGAGAAGAUAUUUUUGCCCAAAGAAUUCCAUUAUGUCCAAAGUGUUAUACUAAUUCUUUACCAUCACUUUCAAGUACCAACACAAAUGAUAAUUAUGCUAAUUUUGUCUCUCAAGGAAUAAUGAAACCAGAUAUUGUAUUUUUUGGUGAAGGUUUACCGGAUGCUUUUCACGAUGCAAUUGCUAAUGAUAAAGAUGAAUGCGAUCUUUUAAUUGUAAUUGGAUCAUCUUUAAAAGUUAGACCAGUUGCAUUAAUUCCGUCCUCUAUUCCGUCAUACGUUCCACAAAUCCUAAUAAAUCGUGAAUCUUUACCACAUUUAAAAUUUGACAUUGAACUUCUUGGAGAUGGAGAUAUUAUAAUAAAUCAGUUAUGUCAUUUAAUUGGUGAAGAGUUUAGUGAAAUAUGUUGGAAAAAAGAUAUUUUAGAAGAAACACCUCAUUUAUUACCACCAAGAUUUAUUACCGAUGAUUCAUGGGAACGUAGUCAAGAUUCAACAAUUAAUCAAGAAUUGUCACAAGAUAGUACAGAGGUUGUUUUAAAGACAUAUCAUCACAAUGUGUCGACAGAAAGUCAAGACAGUUUAAUGAUUAAUUCAAAUACCACUCCGAAGAGACUAGAAAAUACAGAUAUUUGUAUAUCACCAUUUCACGCGGGUCAUAUGGAAGCUACUGAAGAAAGUUUUGCAUUACUUGGCGAAAGUCCCAAAAGGCCAUUAGGCGAUUCCAGUUUAGAAAGUAGUCCUAAAAGAAUAAAUUUGGAAGUAAGAGCCUCACCACCAUCAUCUUCUGGAUCUUCAGGAUCUUCUGGAUCAAUAUCAAGAUCUUUAGAUGAUUCUCAAGAUAUUAAUUAUACAACAUCACGAUAUAAUCGAGUUAUUUCAGUAGAAUCAACUUCUGAAAAUAAUGGUCAUAUUUAUAAUCUUGAAGAGUGUCAUGUAGUACCAAGAAUAAUAGAUGAUUCAACACUAAAAAAUUCAAUAUCCACUUUAGAUGAUUUAACUCAAUCUAAUAAUUCUAAUACACCUGUAGAUGUUGAUUCUUCAAAUGAUUCCGAAGAAUUAUUAGAUUCUGAUAAAUCAAAUGGAAAGUCCCGACAUAUUUCAAUUGAUUCUGCAAUUGAUUCAGGAUUAGGUGAUAGUUGUAAUAGCGUUGACAGUUCCGACGAUAAAAGUACAAUCGAACAGGGAGACUCAAAGAGACAUAACUUGCAAAGACACUGCUGGCAGCCUGAAGUCAAAGAAAGUUUAGCCAGCCGACUACCAGAAAAUACAUAUUAUCAAGUUUCGCCGGGAAAAUACAUUUUCACUGGAGCUGAAAUUUAUAUUGAACCAGAUGACUAUGAGCAAUUAUCAUCAUCGUCAUCAAGAUCACCAUCGAUGUCAACAAUGAUACGCCCAGCAACAGAAUAUAAUACAACAUGAAAAAAAUUAUAGUUUAUUAAAAACUUUAGUACAUUAUAAUUAUCAUUUAUAAAAUUAUCCUGAAGAAAUUGAUAAUGAUGACAAUGACAUUAAGUAACUAAAGGUUACAAAAUUGUGCAAUUAAACCAUUUGAAGCUCGUGAAAAGGUAUUGCAGAUUAAAUUCUACCAAUUAACAUAAAAGACAGAGUUUGGAAGACAUUAAUUAUAUUAAUUGUAGCUUCAAUUAUUUGUUUAUUGGUCAGAUGUUUGCUCAUUAUUGGUAAGUUUUUUUUCUAUUUAAAAAACUUGUUUUUUUCACAAGUAAUUUAGUUAUUCAUUUAGUCAAAUUUUAUAUUCUUG